AAAGUUAGACCCCUAACAACAGGGGCCAAAAAUGGCACGGGAAAACGAAAUUUACCCGAUUUAGACCUGGAUGAUUGGGCAGAAGAACAGGUUUUAGGCCGUGGCAACAACGAAAAAAAAAGAAAAAAAACUGGCGACUGGCUUAUACCAUUUACGCCAUUAACGGAGGUCGAUUGUUUUCUAAGUCGAAGAUGUCACUGUUUGGAGCAACUUUUUCGCAGCGAAUCCCACAACAAUAACAAAUAACCAGCGCCAAUGAUGUGAUACAGCAGCAGAGGUUGAGUUCGGAAAACACAACCUUCAAGUAGUUUAGGCCACCCACAAUCACCCGGAACCGAAUCCGGAUCAAAUCCACGAUGAGCUGGCUGCUGGGCCUUCUGGGGCUGCAGAUCCUGUUCCUCUGGCUUUUGCGGCUGCCCGGCGAGAUCCUGGCCAUACCCACGCCGCUCAAGUUGCCAGGCUACACCCACAGGCUGACGCCUUAUAUUAAGCACUGGGAAGCGGCGAACUUCGAUCGAGGGGUGCUGCAGGCGGCGCAGGUCAGACACCUGGAGCAGGCGCGCUUCCGGCAGAAGCGACAGGUGAGGACAGAGGCCACCACACAGAGUGGACUGGCGCACACCAUACGCUUGAAUUUCUCCGCCCACGACAGAGAUUUUCGUCUGGUGCUGCGCCAACAGCCGCAUUCGGUUUUCGCCCACGACGUGGAGAUCGAGAACACUCUGGGUCCCAUCGACUACGAUGUGUCACGCAUUUACACCGGCAGCCUGGAGGAUGACGAGACGGCCCAUGUCCAGGCGAUCCUAACCAGCGACAAUCUGCUGGACGGAACGAUAGAGACCCAGGCGGAGCACUACUACAUCGAGCCGGCGCAGCGAUAUUCCCAGCAGCUGGCCGAGAGCGGAGUCCACAGCAUAGUCUAUAAGUUAAGUGAUGUAAAUAUGCAGAAGACACAGUUCUCUGGCGGAGGACUUAAUUCCGAGGCGCCCGCCAAGUCGCACUGCGCCAGCGAGAAGCUGAGGAAGAAGCGCUGGUUGCCAGAUGAGCUGGCCAUGUCGGAUGCUCCAGCGCCAACGUAUAAUCGCAAUCCCCCCCUGCCGCUGGAUCUGGAGGUGCCCUACAACGACGACUUUCGCGUUCUCGCCUCCGAGGAAGACAAGAGCGAGGAGUCGCCGAGGAAGUACCCAACAACGUCCACAACUAGGAGCACCGUGCGAAGUACGGAGAGUUUCCUGGCCACGCUGACUAAGCCCACGUCGAACCGCAACAUACUUGUAAAUAACUACAAUCCCUCCAAUGUCGGCGAGGGAAGUCGCAGCUAUAGCAACAGCAACAACAAUGCCAACAGCAAUAAUAAUAAUAAUAACUACAAUAACAAUAAUAAUAGUAAUAACAAUGUGCGGAAGUUGUACACCAAACACAAGAACAUUAUUGUGAGCACGUACAAUCGACCCAUCGAACCGGAAUUCGGAACGCCCUACGAGGAACCGAAUAACAAUGGUACCCGCGACCUGCCCAGUAACUUCUUCAAUGCCAACUGGACAACGCUCUUUCUGGGAAAUAACAACAAUGGCAAUGACCGACCCAGUCACAAAACGCAUGUGGAAAUCAUCACCAAGAAUGGAGCCACCAAGAAGCCAAAUAUCAUUGUCAAUAACUACAAUCCAGAGAUAAUAUUCGCCCCAAAUCCGCACAACCCAAGUUUUAACAGCAUGCUAAUGACAAAUCUGUUAAGCGGUAGGGGCGGAGAGGAUAUUCAUAGUUCUCCAAGGCUGCUCUACGAUCGCAAGACUACCUGCAUGUUGUAUCUGCAGGCAGAUCAUACGUUCUUCCAGAAAAUGGGUUCGGAUGAGGCUUCGAUAGAGGCUAUCACGAGGCAUGUGCAGCGGGCCAAUACUAUCUACCGGAAUACGGACUUCAACAAUGAUGGAAAACCAGAUAAUAUCACGUUCAUGAUUAAGCGCAUCAAGGUGCACAACAUGAAUGCAAUGAAAGAUCCCAGUUACCGAUUUCCUGGAAACUACGGAGUGGAAAAGUUUCUGGAAUUGUUUUCGGAGGAGGACUAUGAUGCCUUUUGCUUGGCGUACAUGUUCACUUAUCGUGACUUCGAGAUGGGAACUUUGGGAUUGGCCUGGACGGGUGAUCUAAAAAACGCUGGCGGAGUUUGCGAGAAGAAUGGUCAUUAUAGGGGUUCUCUUAAGUCUCUUAAUACGGGGAUAGUCACACUGUUGAACUAUGGAAAACAUGUUCCACCUGCAGUGUCCCAUGUGACAUUGGCACAUGAAAUUGGCCACAACUUUGGAUCACCGCACGAUCCAGAGCAGUGUACUCCUGGUGGUGAGGACGGAAACUUCAUCAUGUUUGCCCGUGCCACUUCGGGUGACAAGAAGAACAACAAUAAGUUCAGCACCUGUUCUCUGAAAUCAAUAGAACCAGUGCUAAAUGCCAAGGCACGUUCUAUGAAGGGUUGUUUCACAGAACCGCAGUCCUCGAUUUGUGGCAAUGGCGUGGUGGAACCGGGCGAGCAGUGCGAUUGUGGAUGGGAGGAGGACUGCAAGGACUCGUGCUGUUUCCCCAUGUCAAGGCAACCGCGUCUGGACGAAACUCCCUGCACCCUGACGCCUCAUGCCCGUUGUAGUCCUUCGCAAGGACCCUGCUGCACCACCGACUGCAAGCUGAAAUUCGGCGAUAAGUGCCGGGAUGAUAAUGGCUGCAGGGAUCCUUCCUUCUGCGACGGUCGGGUGCCCCAGUGUCCUCCAUCGGUGAACAAGCCGAACAAGACCAUCUGCAACAAAGAGUUCGUCUGCUACAUGGGCGACUGCACGGGAAGUAUUUGUUUGGCCUACGGCCUUGAAUCGUGUCAGUGCAUUCCAGGACCUCAGGACGAUCGGAUCAAGUCCUGUGAGCUGUGCUGCAAGAUGCCAGGGGAGGAUAGUCCCUGCCGAAGUUCUUUCGAGUGGAAUGAGGCUCCUUUCGAUGUACCCGAUAUGUACUCGAAGCCGGGAACACCAUGCAAUGAUUAUAAUGGAUACUGUGAUGUUUUUCAAAAGUGCAGGGAGGUGGAUCCUUCUGGUCCAUUGGCUACUUUGCGUAAGCUCUUGCUUUCUGAGGAGAGCAUAGCCACCUUUAAGAAGUGGAUGCAGCACAACUGGUAUACAGUAGCUCUGGCUGCUGUGGGCGUUAUUCUGCUUCUGGCGCUAAGCACAAAGUUGCUGGCGAAGCGGUCGAAUCUGAAGCUUAAGUCCGUCACCAUUAUACACAGUGCCACCACGGAGACAGUGCGUCUGCCCGAGAACAACAACGGUGUGAUAGUUCACACAGCCGUGAGGACAAAGGUUCCAUUCAAAAAGAAGGUUCGUGGCGAGAGGAGUAAAAAACCGGGAACAGGAGCUGUAACUGGAGCAGGAGUAUCAAGCACAGCUGCAGUUGCUUCCCGAAGUGCAGCCAAAAGCAGUGCCAAUUCAGAGCCAAAGAAAACCACUAGAACUCAAGCAAUGGCCAAGAAGAAAUCUCUCGAGGAGGAGCCAAAGAAAUCCAACAAAAAGCUGGGCAAGCAUAUGAAGGAGAUUAUCGACUAUUCGCAUCGCAACAACAACGGGGAUGAUGCCUCAAAUCUUUCAACCACCAACAACCAUACCAACACCUUUGGCAAGGUGCAAAAGUGGCUGCUGGAAUCGCCAAUUGUGGCUCAGCCAUUGUCCCACAUUGAGCACAGUUCUCGGGUCCGCAAGGUUAUGAGUAAAUCCCAAUCUACACCUGAAAGACUGGUGCAAAAGACACCACAGAAGACCAAGUCCAUGGGUAAUCUAUCCAACGAGAAAGUUAAACUGCAGGUUGUCUACAAGCCGCCGUUCAAGUUCUCCUUAAGAUUGUCCAAGAAACCAAAAGUGAAAACACAUGUGGUGGGCGCAGGUGUACGGCCAAAAAGAGGUCAAAAGACAAGUAACCGAACAGCAGGCCAAUCCUCCUCAAAAGAUGUAUCAACACGCGCCAAAAGGAGUGCUCUUUUGCUCUGCAACGAAGCAGAGGAUGAUAACCAGAUCCUCACCCUCAACGAACCGAACUACGAGACCUUGAAGCCGCCCACACCGCCGAGGUCCAUGGAACAUUGCUACGAGAAUGUGGAUAUGCAGGCAGAGGCCUCCAGUUCGAAGCCAAGCAGCAGCAGCAAGGUGGCACCCAGCUCACAAAACAGAGUCAAUUUGGAGGAAACUCCGCCAGUAUCAGCCCAGAGGAACUCUUAUCGUAGGUCUAACUCCCUAUCCACCCACAAUCCCUUUGCGGCAGCUCCUCGUCGGAGCAGCAGCAAGGCCAGUGGAUCGGUGAAUCUCACGCGAAACUUUGGUAGCACGCAGAAUUUGAUUAAUCUCAGUCAGAAUUUGGCCAAAACCAAGAAGCGCAGCAGUCUGAACCUAAAGGGCAGUGGUAGUGGAGCAACAAGGAGCGGGAAGGAUCCGCCAACUAUGGCAGCUGCCUCGCCACAAAGGCGUUCCUCCUCGAACGCCAAUCUUCGCAGGGACAGCAGUGUCUCCUCUUCGAAGGCAUUGCCUGUUCCACCGACCAGGAACUCUCGAAAUAGCUUCAGCAAUAUUCCAAGGGCCAGUUUAGGAGGAGGAAACAGCAAUGCCUCCGCAAACACUGGGGCGCCGCCUAGUUUCUCUCGUCAAUCUUCCAGCAGCACGGCAACCAGUAGCUCAUCCAUAACGCCAGGGCUACCCUCGGGAGUGGCGUUGCAGCAAUCCGCCUCGACAAGCGCCAUGCAGCGUCAGCCAACCUCGCAGCCCAUGAGGAGAAGCCUCCACAAUUUCAGGACGCGCGCCACAGGUACAGGCGCGGCAGCAACAACAGCAACUGGAAAACUGGGAGCAGCAGCAACAUCUGCAGGAGCAACACCUGCAGCAGCGGCAACAUCAACCGAUAACAAUGAGCUCCCUUCUGAUCUGGAGGUAGUUGUUUCCGAUGUGGAGAACCUCGUUAGCUAAGGGCAGCUCCCCCGUUCCAGUUUCCACAACCAACCAAGUGAAAGUGAUAAGUCUUAAUGUUAGUUAUACAAAUUGUCGCAUAGGUUUACUUGCAUACAUAUAUAUGUAUUUGUACAUACAUUAUAUAUAUGUGUACUUUACACUGCCUUAAACUUGCCGUUUCUGCUGAAUAUGUGAAAUACCACGCCCACUCACACGAACAGACAUUAAACCGCAUUCCACACGCCCAUAAAUAUCCCGACCAAGGCUCGCCCCAGCACUUCGAAUGCAUCACCACCCGCUAAGCCACCCAUCCAACCGCUCACCCACUCAACCACACGCCCACUGAAGCCACCGCAAUCCAAACCGCCAGCCGCACUUUGUACCUUUUACUGUUUACUGUUUGUAUUGUAUUGUGUACACUGAAAAUUUUACCAGCCUUUAAAGUUCCGGUUUCCAGAUUCGAUUAUAUUUAGGCGUUACAAUGAUAUUGUCUGUAAAAAUCUAUUAGUUCUCUGAUUUAGCCAAAUAUCUGACUGAAAGAUUGCUACAAUAUAUUAAUUGGAUACAGAUCUAUAACGUUUAUAAACCCAUUUUUUAUAGUGGCUUAAAUCUGAUCAAAUUAAUUAUAAAGAAAAGAUUAAACUAAAAAAAUUUAUUUAUAUCCUUUCCGAUCUAAUCCAAUUUGGAACUGGCAACUGGUGUAUGUUUAGUUAUUCUUUUUCGGUUUGUUAUUUAAAAGAGCAAAACUAAAUGAGCUUUACUUUAAAAAAUAAAUAUCCCUAUUAUUUCAAUAUCAAAUUUAGCUAUUUCAUAAUCGUUAUAAGAACACAAGCGAAACUGAAUACCUUAUCAUACACCCCCUCCUUAUGUUUGCCUAAUCUUGGCCUAUACUUUAAGUUAAUUUCAAAACAGUAUUACUGAAACUGUUACGUACCUACUAUAUACUUAAAUUGCUUAGUUUGCCUGCUCUUCAAGUUUCCAACAACGAUCACUACUCAUCUAAACUACGAAGACACACAGAACAAUACAAGGUGCUAUUUUAGUGAAAAACUAAAACGAAAAAAAUAUUAGCCGAGAACAUUUUCAAAAUCCUUUGCAUAUUUUCUCAAGAUCAAAACUAAUAUUAGAAUGGAAUAGAGAAAGAUUGAAGUUGGUGUAGCCCACGAAGAAAUAAAGGGAGCCGGGGAAAGUUGCAAAUAGUUGUACGGAAUAGAUACAAAAAUAACCAACGAUACUGUCAAUAAAUCAAAAGCAUCAUGCAUCGAAAGUAGGUUUUAGAGAAUGCCCAGCAAGCCACAUAGAAAGUUAGCCACCCAAACGUUUAAAUAAAUCCACCCGAUAUCCUUGAGCACCGGCACCUGUAAACUCGCAUCGAUCCCAUAGUAACACCUGCAACUCAGUAGCCUGUAGUGUACAUAGGAUAUUGAAUGGACAUAGUUUUUAUAUGCAAUACCAAGUUAGAGCAAUGAGAACAAACAAUAAAGAGACACCUAACGAUAUUCAUACAUAAGUAGGAUAUAGAGUCACAUUCCGUAACGAAUCACUGAGCAGCGGCUUUCGAGUUACACACUAACACCCAAACAAUAACGAUCUUUAGGCUAAGGAUAACGAUUGAUAUUUGUAGCUAUAUGAAUGUGUAGGAAAUCAAACGGCGUAUCAAAAAUAUAUACAUACAUCCAUAUGGGACGUGCAAUAACCAUUGCAACUUUACGAGCAUUUGGGUAUAUUUUUGUGUAAUAUACAAGAUAGAAGACAUAAGCUCAGCUCAAGAGACCGACAACCGACCCAAAAUAUUGAAUAUUGACAGACAGACAGUUAACGCGUUGGCCAGUAAUGAAACGGAGAACGGAAAUAGUUAAAACGAGUACGCGACAAUCGCUUUGAAAUGCUUAACAUAAAAAACAAUUAAUGGUAAACCCGAAAAUCGAAUUGAAGUUUAGUUUCUACUUUGUCUUGACUACAUAUUUCAAUACGAAACUAUACAAAAUAAUGGCAGGCAAAAAAAAACUACAAAAAAAGA